AUGAGGUUCCUUUGCCGCUCUUUGCUGUUGGCAGCAAUUGUUGUCGUUACGACAGCAACUAAACAAGGUCAACACACUAAUAAGACAUUUCCUCGUUGCGAUUCCCCUAUUUACUGCGAAGGCCCUUUACUCAAGACUGUGCAACUUGCAAAGUUGUAUCCUGAUUCCAAGACCUUUGUUGAUAAGCCUACCUCUAAACCUCUCGAUCAAGUCAUUGAAGCGUUUGAAGCCAUGGGUGAUAACCCAUCGACGGACUCCAUCCGCAACUUUGUUGAUGCCAACUUUUUGGAGGAAGGUACCGAACUUCAACCGGUCAACCUUAGCGUCAAAGCCGAUCUCCCUUUGUUGGACAAAAUUGACGACUUGACGUAUCGUGGAUGGGCAUCUCAAAUACACCAAUAUUGGUCCAAUCUCACCUUUAAGUUUGACCUGAACCAACUUUGUGAUGGAUGUGUGUCAAGCAUACUUCCUGUAAAGCGGCCAUUUGUUGUCCCUGGGGGUCGAUUCCGGGAAUUCUAUUAUUGGGAUAGCUAUUUUGUGAUUCGUGGCUUGCUUGUCAGUGAGCUGCAUAAUGAAGCCAAAGACAUGUUACUCAACUUUUUGGACUUUGUUGAAGAAUACGGCUUUAUUCCCAAUGGUGCACGUAUUUACUAUUUGAAUCGAUCCCAACCACCGUUUUUGGUAGAGAUGAUCAAGGCAUACUACGAAGCUACACACGACGACGACUUUAUCAAGCAAGCAUUACCAACACUUGACAAGGAGUACUCGUUUUGGAUGGCCAACAAGAGCAUUGAUGUGAAUGGUCACACCUUGAAUCAGUAUCGUGUACUUAAUAGCUCACCAAGACCUGAGUCAUAUUUGGAAGACUAUACGACAGCUCAAAAUGUGACGGAUAAAGCACGGUUGUACGGCAACCUAGCUACUGGUGCCGAAAGUGGAUGGGACUAUACUUCUCGGUGGUUUCGAUACAAGGAUAGCCAAGAUGGCGACUACUUGUUGAAGUCGCUCAAUAAUGAUCACAUUGUGCCCGUUGACUUGAACGCGUUGAUGUGGAAUAUGGAAGCAACUUUGAGUGAGUGGCAUACAUCAAGUCGCAAGAAAAAGUACUACAAGCGCCAAGCAGCAAAACGCAUUGAAGCCAUGAAGGAGGUGCUAUGGGAUGAAGAGGAUGUUUCCUUUUACGACUACAACAUCACAAGCAAUGGGCUAAAUCGUGAAUUCACACCAGCUACCCUCUAUCCAUUUUGGCUUGGAGCCCAUCAUCGUCUCAGCAAAGAACAAAUGGGACAAGUGCUUGCACAAACUCAGCAUUGGCUUGAAGCCUAUCCAGGUAUCUUAACAACAUCCGUAUACAAUACAUCUCAACAAUGGGAUUUCCCCAACGGCUGGCCACCAUUACAAUAUAUUGCAUUGCGUGCAAUGCGAAACGUGUACGACGUAACCAAGGAUUCGAGUAUCGUCGAUAUGAUACAUGCAUUGGCGGACCGAUACCUUGCAUCCGCUUUUUGCUCGUGGUACGAAACAGGAGGCUUUGUCCCUGGGAUCCUGCAACAGAUGCCCAAUCAAACCGAUGUUGGUCACAUGUUUGAGAAGUUUGAAGUUACCGUUAUUGGUGAUGCUGGUGGAGGUGGAGAGUACACCGUUCAAGCAGGCUUUGGAUGGACUAAUGGUGUGGCUUUAUGGAUCUUUGAUACGUUUUCAAGUGGGUUCUCUGCACCCGAUUGCAGUGAUCGAGCAGAUCUCGUGUUCCCUCUUUCAUCUUAA